UGGACGUCAUUUUUUUCAGGAAAACUUGGAAAGGAGGCGUUUUGUGUUUAUUUUCUCAAUUUAAAUACUUAAUAAAUAUUUAUUACUUCCUUCUAACCACAUUUUAUAGUUUAAAACGUUUCCAAGAUGAUGAACCAAUAUAUAAAAGAAUUGGAGCAUGAUCCGUUUGAUCCCGACGAGUUUGUUGAAAGAAUGGUGCGCCGGGGUAUGAUGGAGUCACGCUUGCAAGAUGAUCAGUUCGAUCCCGAAAUGAUACAUGACAUAUUUACUCAAGCUAUUCAAGAUUUGAAGGUUUUACAAGAACGGCAAGAACGUAAAUGUGCCAGAUUGGAACAAGCAGUGCAAGAGGAAGAGAAGCUAUAUGGUGCUAGAUUGUCUGAGAUCAUGGAUCAACAUACUCACUGUGUGAACGUCUUCAGCUCCCUCGACGAGCGCAUGUCUCGCUGCGGUGGUCGCGCUCUCGACGUGGGAGAGAAGUUGGGCGCUGCUAGAGCGCCGAGGGCCCGCGCCGCCGCCGCCAGGGACUUGUUGGCGCAUCUUACACACUUCCUAAACCCGGGCCCUGUGCUUACCGACCUGUUCAACGAUCCCAAUAAGCUAAAUGAAGCUGCAGAUGUCAUACAAAAACUUCACACCAUCGCCCAAGAACUACCGCCUGACAAAUUCGAAGUGGCCAAGAAGAAGAUUGAAGCUAAAUAUGACGAGAUCGAAAGGAACCUUAUUGAGGAGUUUGUUAAGGCCCAAAAUCAAGGGAACAUGGCUAAAAUGAAGGACAUUGCCAACAUUAUGACCAAUUUCAAAGGGUACUCGCAAUGCGUGGAUGCUUUUAUUGAAACCAGUCAAAUGAAUACUCUACUCGGCAAGGACAUAUUCACGGCAGUGUUGCCACUUUGCAAAAAGAACUAUACCAUCAUCAGCAAUGUAUUUCCAAACCCAGACCAAGUGAUGAGCAAGUUUGUGUUGAACAUCUUCCAUCUGAAACUCCAGAAGUACAUCCAGACUAAAUUGGCUGACAAGAGUGAUGUUGACAAAUACUUGAGGAACCUAUUUGACAUGUAUACCAGCACACAGCGUGUUUGCGACGAGCUAGUGGCCGCCGGUUUGGUGUCAGCUGACGGCAACACGACAACCGGUGACCUUCGGCGGGAAGCGCUCGUGAACGGAGCGAUGGCCGGCGCGAAUGACGGGUACCCGGCGCUGGAGAAACGGAGACUCGUCGCUGCGCUGUCUAACUCACUCAAUGGAUACUAUAGCGACAAACAACAUGUGAAGAAGCAGAUACAGGGUGGAGGUUUCCAAGAGCUCCGUCGUGAUUUGCAAGCGGUGAUCGGGACGCGCGCCAACAUCAACAUAGCGCAGAUUGAAAACUAUGGCGGGGAGACAUUCCUUAGUGAACAGCUGGUUGAGAGGAUGCUUUGCGAUGCGCAGACGUCAUUCCUGAGAUGCAAAACGCUUUGCACUCCCAACGAACUGCCUGUCACAACGGUUGCGCUUCUCGAUGUGUUGAUCCAACAUCUACUGAUCGAGCACGUAGACUACGCGCUAGACCUGGGCUUGCAGUCCAUACCCAUUGCUGAGAGCAAGUCUCCGCCUCAGAUCUACUUUUUUGAUAUCGUGAAGGAAGCAAACGCAAUAGUGAAGAUGUUUGUCGAUCACUUUCAAGAAUCCAUUUUGCCUUGUAUAAGCACCUCAUCAAAACAAACUGAAUGCGUGCAAAAGAAGACAGCAAUCAUGGAACAGUUGGAGAACAAACUGGACGCGGGCCUAGAACGCGCUAUCUCGGCUAUAGUAGGCUGGGUCAAACUGCACCUUCAGACGGAGCAGAAAAAGACCGAUUUCAAACCCGAAGGAGACAUUGAUACACUGGCUUCGCCUGCCUGCCUCGCCGUGGUCUCGUAUCUAAACUCAGUGACGGACAAGAUUCACUCGGGGCUGGAAGGCGCCAACCUGCGUGCCGUCUCGCUGGAGCUGGCUGUACGCCUGCACCGCGUCAUCUACGACCACCUGCAGAACUUCCAGUUCAACUCCGCUGGCGCAAUGAUAGCCAUCUGCGACGUCAAGGAAUACCGGUCGGCGGCAUGCGGUCGCGGCGGGCGGGCGGCGCCGGCGCCGGCGCACGCGCUGUUUGACGCUCUCCACGCGCUUUGCAACUUGCUGCUCGUCAAGCCGGAGAACCUGCAUCAGGUCUGCGAGGGAGAAACUCUGGCGGAGUUGGACCAGUCGAUCCUGCACAAUUUCAUCCAGCUGCGCUCAGACUACAAGAGCCACAAGCUAUCCACUUUCCUCAAAGGACUAUCAUAAGAAAACUGUUUUUAACACGCCUUAUAACAUUUUAGUUCGUUCGUGGAAACCGGUUUUGGAAAAAAUCCACAGUAUUUUUUCGGCAUCGAAUCUUUUAAGCGAACUCGAAACCUCCCGCGUAAUUCGAACUGUUACACGCUGAUAUUAUUUAUAUCAAGUUAUUAUUGUAUACAUUGUUGCUUUUGUAUGUAUAAUAAGUAAGGGAACGUAUCAAAGGUAUUAAAUACUAAUUUAUUUACAAAA